CCAGCAAGACCUCCUCAUCCGUCUUUUCAUGGUGGCGAAGGGGAAGCAGCGGCUAUGGAAGCAGAUCAGGAUCUGGUGUGCUUUGAGGAUGUCACUGUUCAUUUCACGGACGAGGAGUGGGCAUUGCUGCAUCCUAACCAGAGAGCUCUGCAUAAGGAGGUCAUGGAGGAGAAUCGUGGACUCCUGGAUUCUCUGGGGGAUGAUGAAAUGGAAAUUAAUAACAAGGGGGACCAAGAAAGAAUCAACACCUUAGAGAAGCCAUAUAAAUACUCAGAUUGUGAAGAUAACUUUAGUCAGAGCUCCCAGUCCACUUCUCAUCAAAGAAAUCCCAUUACAAAUAAAUCCUAUCAGGGCUUGGAAUGUGGAAAGAGCUUCAGUCAGAGCCACAGUCUCACUUCCCACCAAAGAAUUCAUACAGGAGAGAAAACCUAUCAGUGCUUGGAAUGUGGAAAGAGCUUCAGUCGGAAGGAUAGUCUCACUUCCCAUCAAAGAAUUCAUACGGGGGAGAAAUCCUAUCAGUGCUUGGAAUGUGGAAAGAGCUUCAAUCGGAAGGAUAAUCUCACUUCCCAUCAAAGAAUUCAUACAGGGGAGAAAUCCUAUCAGUGCUUUGAAUGUGGAAAGAGCUUCACUCGGAAGGAUAGUCUCACUUCCCACCAAAGAAUUCAUACGGGGGAGAAAUCCUAUCAGUGCUUGGAAUGUGGAAAGAGCUUCACUCGGAAGGACCAGCUCACUUCCCACCAAAGAAUUCAUACAGGAGAGAAAACCUAUCAGUGCUUGGAAUGUGGAAAGAGAUUCAGUGAUAUGAGAAAUCUCACUACCCACCAAAGAAUUCAUACAGGAGAGAAAACCUAUCAGUGCUUGGAAUGUGGAAAGAGCUUCCGUCAAAGUGUACAUCUCACUUCCCAUCAAAGAAUUCAUACAGGGGAGAAACCCUAUCAGUGCUUGGAAUGUGGAAAGAGCUUCAGUGAUAUGAGUAAUCUCACUACCCAUCAAAGAAUUCAUACAGGGGAGAAACCCUAUCAGUGCUUGGAAUGUGGAAAGAGCUUCUGUCACAGUAAGACUCUCACUUCCCAUCGAAUAAUUCAUACAGGAGAGAAAACCUAUCAGUGCUUGGAAUGUGGAAAGAGCUUCAGUCGGAAGGAUAGUCUCACUUCCCAUCAAAGAAUUCAUACGGGGGAGAAACCCUAUCAAUGCUUGGAAUGUGGAAAGAGCUUCCGUCAAAGUGUACAUCUCACUUCCCACCAAAGAAUUCAUACAGGAGAGAAAACCUAUCAGUGCUUGGAAUGUGGAAAGAGCUUCAGUCGGAAGGAUAGUCUCACUUCCCAUCAAAGAAUUCAUACGGGGGAGAAAUCCUAUCAGUGCUUGGAAUGUGGAAAGAGCUUCAAUCGGAAGGAUAAUCUCACUUCCCAUCAAAGAAUUCAUACAGGGGAGAAAUCCUAUCAGUGCUUGGAAUGUGGAAAGAGCUUCAGUCGGAAGGAUAGUCUCACUUCCCAUCAAAUAAUUCAUACGGGGGAGAAACCUUAUCAGUGCUUGGAAUGUGGAAAGAGCUUCAGUCACAGUAAGACUCUCACUUCCCAUCGAAUAAUUCAUAUAGGAGAGAAAACCUAUCAGUGCUUGGAAUUUGGAAAGAGUUUCAGUCACACCUCUACUCUCUCUUCUCAUCAAAUAACUCACAGUGGGGAGAAACCAUAGCAUUCGCUUUGUUGUAAAUUUAUUUUAGAAGACUUUAAUUUAUAUCGUAAGAGUGUGUUUGUGCUUCUUCAACCCAGCAAAGAAGUCAGCCUUGCCUCUCAAAUCCAUGGAAUGCAAUCCUGGUGUCCAAUAUUAUUCAUAUUAUGUAUCCAGAUCUGCAGGGCAGAAGUCAAUUGCCAAGGUGUUGAAUUUAGGCUUUUCUCUGUGGGAAUGUUAGGUCUAGGAUUGUCUUGCUGAUCUUCUCCAAUUGUAUAUGUUGCAAAGUGAACAAUGGCAAGCAUAUAGCACAGUCAUCAAAACAACCACAUGAAAUCAAAAUAAAACAUUUCAGAAGUUCCUGAAAGGAUGGAUCAUUGCUCCAAAGACAGGGGCCACGACGCUGGGCUUUGCUGCUGCCAAAGAUGAAUCUGGCAGAUCACGGUUCUGUUGGAGAUUCAUUCCCUGUGUCUGCAGUCAUAGGAUUGUUGUCUAUCACAUGACGGUGUAUGUUUUCAUUCCACAGUGUGGGAAGUGACAGAGACAGGAUGUU